UUAUUCCGUUUAUGCUCGUUUGAUUCUUCAAUACUUGUACCAACUCUGGGCGCUGGAGGAGCUCCAUUCAUAUCCAGAAAGUUGAAACAUUCAUAUAUAGAAAAUGAAUGAUUGGGCAGCACCACUGAUAGCAGCAGCGCUGUUUGCGUUUCUUUCACCCGGUUUACUGCUGCAAAUCCCUGGGAAGCAUCACCCCAUCCAUUUUAUGAACAUGAAGACCAGCGCGGCCGCCAUUUUUGUGCAUGCAGUUCUCUAUGCUUUGGUCCUCAUCUUGUUCCUCGUUGUUCUUCACGUCCGCCUCUAUAUCUAAGACUACAAACAGGGUUUCUCAGGAGUGCUGCGCCUCUCGAUUGAUUCUCAGGAUGAAAUUUUCGUUUCGUUCCUGUGUCGUUUGUAAGUUCUAAUAUGUUUUUUGCUUUUGCUCUCUCAAGUGCGUGUGUAAAUUCAUCGGUUUCAGAUU